UCCACCACCAUCCUCCUCCUCCUUCGCUGCCGCCGCCGCCGCUUCCUCCCCCUCCGGCCCAGAUUGUUGUCACUCACUCUGGCGGCGAAACAGACGGCAGCAGCACAGCAGCACAGACCCACAGACGCGAAUCCCGGCUGCGCACCCCACCCUAAAGCCUCCCCCCUCUGCACAACAGAACCCGGGAGUUUACUGGACCCACCUGUGCAAAUGGACCGUACAACUUUGAUGAUUUGAAGCGGAGGAGGAGGGAGGAGGAGGAGGGAAGGAGAGACAUCAAUACCAUGGAACAGAUGAGGGUGUCGGUGAUGUAGCUGGUUGCAGGUGCUGCAGCCUGGUGCCGCAUUGCUUGCUUGGCCUCCUCCGAGGGGGAGAAGGCCCAGCAGAAGAAGAAGAGUCUCUGUGAGGGAACCUUGGGGCGUGGCUCCCGCCGAGAUGACCCACCUGCAGGCCGGCCUGUCGGCGGCCACCCUCGAGAAGGCCAAAGCGGAGUUGAAGGAAAACCCCGAGACGCUCCACCAGGACAUCCAAGAGGUGCGCGAUAUGAUCAUCACGAGGCCGGACAUCGGCUUCCUGCGGACGGAUGACGCCUUCAUUCUCAGGUUCCUGCGGGCCAGGAAGUUUAACCACUUUGAGGCCUUCCGACUCCUGGCCCAGUACUUUGAAUACAGACAGCAGAACCUGGACAUGUUCAAGAACCUGAAGGCCACCGACCCCGGGAUCAAGCAGGCGCUUAAGGACGGAUUUCCCGGCGUGCUGGCCAACUUGGACCGACACGGACGGAAGAUUCUGCUCCUCUUUGCCGCCAAUUGGGACCAGAGCAGGUACACGUUUGUGGACAUUCUGAGGUCCAUCCUGCUGUCUCUGGAGUCCAUGAUCGAGGACGCCGAGCUGCAGGUGAACGGCUUCAUCCUGGUCAUUGACUGGAGCAACUUCACCUUCAAGCAAGCCUCCAAACUCACGCCCAGCAUGCUCCGGCUCGCCAUCGAAGGGUUGCAGGACAGUUUUCCGGCCCGUUUUGGAGGAAUCCACUUUGUGAACCAGCCCUGGUACAUCCACGCUCUCUACACCGUCAUCAGGCCCUUUCUCAAGGACAAGACCAGGAAGCGGAUCUUCAUGCACGGCAACAACCUGACCAGCCUGCAUCAGCUGCUGCAUCCGGAGAUCCUGCCGUCAGAACUGGGCGGGAUGAUGCCACCGUACGACAUGGGCACCUGGGCCAGAACCCUGCUGGAGCACGCAUACGACGAGGACGGGGAACCAGACGCGGGACCUGACGGAGGACCGGAGGCUUACGCGUUCUCUGUCCAGGACCUGCACAAAGAUGUAGACCAAGGCCUCUCGCCCAAAACCAUGAAGAGGUCCCAGUCGGUGGUGGAACCUGGCGUACUAAAGCGACCUGACAAGGUCAAAUGCGAUGAGGACAACAUGCAGCCGCUGCUCUCGCUGGACUGAAAACAGCCACCGUGGAAAGUCCUCAGCAAACAUCUCUGUGUGGAGUUCCUCUGAGAGGUUUACGCCACUUCCGACUUCCGUGUUUGUCAAGUGCCGAGUCCACAAAAGUCCAACUCGGUUCUUCCGAGUGAUUGUCUUCAAAUGAUUCCCGUGCCUAGAUGGCAACGCGAGUGAUGGCACGCAAGCUUUUCCGACGUCCUUGUACCAGGAUUUCCCCCAAGUGCUCUGGAUGAGCAAGAUGGACGUGGAGACAGACCAGCAAACCUCCCUUUAUGAAAAGAAAUGAAUGAUCAAGUUUGAUUUGCUUCUGAUCAACAAACAGCUCGCAUAACA